AUGAACCUGGCGAUCGCGACAAGUUUUUCUGUGAGUCCUCUGGGACAACGGCCGACGCACUGCCCAUAUAACCCUUACCCAUUCCACUUAGAUCAUGGCAAAGCAAGGGAAUUCGUCGGGCUACACGACCAAGUAAAGGCUAGCACAGGUCUUCUUGAUUCUCUCGAAUCUUUCCUCGCCACAUUCCAGAAGGACUUGUCUUUGGUAUCAGGACAAAUUUCGGAACUUCAGGAUCGCAGCAAAGAUAUCGACAAUAGAUUGAGGAGCCGGCGCAAAAUCGAGAAACCACUCUCCGGACUACUCUCCGAGCUUGUCAUCCCACCUCCUCUGGCUAAUACAUUGUUGAGCACGGAUGUAGGCGAGCCUUGGAUACCUGCUAUCCAGAACUUUGAGACGCGACUAGAGUCUUUGAAGGCUCGUUCGCGUGUCAAGGCUGCACGGGAUCUCGCAGAUGUAGCCGAAGGAUUGCGCAUCGUGGUAGCCACAAAACUGAGGGCAUUCUUCCUCGCAAUAUUUCAGCCUAUACGGGAAAGUGCGACUACGAACAUGCAAGUUAUGCAAGCGUCCGUCUUGAUGAAAUAUCGCCCACUCUUCGCUUUUCUGCAGAGGCAAGCGCCUCCUGUUGCACAAGAAGUCCAGAGAUCAUAUGCAGGUGCUGUGCGCACUUACUAUGAAACCGGUUUUAGGCGAUACAUUCGUAGUCUUGGAUGGAUCAAGAGCAGGUCACCGCAAACAGUGGAAACUAUUAUCCCGGCAAGCGGCGAAAAGGGAGAUGCGGAUUUCGGUCCUAGUCGUCUCAUGCAUGCAAAAUUGGACGGCCCGGGUGUGAUCCUAGCGUUCAUGGGAGACAACAAGUCAUAUAAAGAAUCCACUGAGGCUAUAUACAGGUCCUUGAUGAUGGUGUUGAUGGACAACGCCACAGCGGAAUACUCGUUUGUUAUGCAGUUUUUCCGGCCGGAGCCAUUCGCGAGGCCGACACUCAAGCUGACUGCUUUUUCUCCUGGGGAGAGCAGCAUGCUUCUAUCACCUGACAGAGGUGGUGCUGACGACCGAAAGUCGGUCCUAGAAUCCGAGCUGGCUACUCCAAUUGCUAGAACGUUCAGUCACGCCAGGGGUGAAUCUGAUGCUGCGCAGUCGGCACCUUUGUCCAAGACAGAACAAGCAUCACUUGACGCCCUGUGGAAACAAAUUGUUGAACCGAUUUUAGACUACUCGAAGACUUUUAUCUCGUCAUUGCUGGAACCCAGCCCAUCUCUGAUACCCAUUUUGACCAUGGCACGGCUCAGUGAGGUAAUCAUUGCCGAAGUCCAGAGACGCGGCUGUGCGCCUCUUGAGACAUUCAUGUUCACGAUCCGUUUGCAAAUAUGGCCUAUCUUUCAAAAAGUCAUGUCAGAGCAGGUUGAGGCGCUGAGAAAGCUAGCUGAGGGUUCUUCCACAAGCUACUUCAGUCGAGCUGCUACAACAACAGAUGAAUCUAUCUCUGCAAUAUGUACACGAUACGCGGCCAUUUUCGUUGCCUUUGUCACUUUAACAGAGCAAGAGGAGGAAACCAUGACUUUUUCGAAUCUACUCCGCCUUAGGCAGGAGUUAACGAAGCUAAUCAUUAAGCAUACCGACAGCAUCAGUGAUCCCGGUGCCAAAGCCACCAAGCAAUCUUCCUUGUACGAAGUCCUUCUACAGGCACUAAUGCGUAAUCCUCAGUUGAGUGUGCAUCCUAAAUCUCAACAAGAAAGCGCGUAUUGGGCCGAAAAAGAAGAGGAGGCUCGGAGGAGAAUAGUAUCUGUAAACCAAGGGAAAAGGUCCGGUAGACGAUAA